AUGGAAACGCCACAAACUUCACUGAGUUUCAACUCCUUCAACAAAAAGUUUGCCAUGGCUCAAUCCGUCCCACCAGGAGACAUCCAGACCCAACCAGGAACCAAGAUCGUCUUCAACGCUCCGUAUGAUGACAAGCACACCUACCACAUCAAGGUGAUCAACUCGUCGGCUCGUCGUAUUGGAUACGGAAUCAAGACGACCAACAUGAAGCGUCUCGGAGUUGAUCCACCAUGUGGAGUUCUCGACCCAAAGGAAGCUGUUCUCUUGGCUGUGUCUUGCGAUGCCUUCGCCUUCGGACAGGAGGAUACCAACAACGACCGUAUCACCGUCGAAUGGACUAACACUCCAGAUGGAGCCGCCAAGCAAUUCCGUCGUGAAUGGUUCCAAGGAGACGGUAUGGUUCGUCGCAAGAACUUGCCAAUUGAAUACAACCCAUAG